AUGGAGCUGAUACGGAAGAAAAUGAAACCGUACCAGCCGUCGGAGCAGCUGGUGGUGCGCGAGAGCGUCAGCCUCAGCAUGGACGAGGACCUUAGCGAUGACGUGGAGGACGAGGUGUUCAUCCGGGACGGGCGCACCUGUCGCACGUACGAGGACCGAGGCGCCAAGCGGCCCCUCAUGGCGCCGAGGCGCAAGUACGGCAAAGCAACAAGUGGCAAUGGGAGUGCGGGCGGCGGCAGUGCCGUUGGUGUGCGCUCCUCCAGCCCCAUCCUCAAGAAGUACCGCCGCCGGAAGUGUUGGCACUGCUGCGAACCGUUCUGCUACGGGCUGGCUGCCGUGACGGUGCUUAUCGGUUUGAUAGUAUUGGCCGCACUACUCCUGACGGCCUUUCCCCAGCCGCUGCAGAAAAUCAAGGUGUGGUUCCACAAGGAGUCCGCCUUCAGCAGUGGGAUCAUCCGCGACAAGUUCGGUAGCCUGAUGUACACGGCGGCGGACGGUUUCGGCGACCGUAAUGGCUCCCUCGAGAUGGUACCGUGCACACGUAUCACCGUGCAGAACGUGUGGACGCGCGUGGUGGCCCGGGUGAGCAGUGAAAGCCCGUUGCGAAAGCUGGACGUGAACGGGGACGGUGUGGAGGACGUCAUCGUGGGCUACGGCAUCGACGAGCUGAUGGACGAAGGCAUCCGGAGUUACAUCCCGCAGUGCACCUCGCGCAAGACGGGCAUCACGGACCUAUGUGGUGGGGGUCUGCUCGCCCUGAGCGGGGUCAAUGGCGAAACGCUCUGGCAGCACUGGACUUCGUUCACGAUCUUCUCCCUCAAGUGCAACAUCGACAUCAACUCGGACGGUGGUAACGAUUGCGUGGCGGCUGGCCGAGGAGGGCUUAUUCUCGCAUUGAACGGACGCAACGGGCGUAUUCUGUGGGAGCUGAAGGACUUUUCCGACCUGGAGAGCUACGCGGAGAUCAGCAUCGAUCUAUACACGAUCAACGUGGUGCGCGAUUUGAACAGUGACGGCAUCGCGGACAUCCUGGCCGUGCACGUGGAGGAAACUCAGCGGGCGCACGGUGGCCACAUCAAGCUGAUCUCGGGUGCGACUGGAGCGAUCAUGCACAGCAUUCCCACGCCCUACCGGGAGGAAAUGUUCGUCCCCAUCCAGGUGCUACCGAGGGCGGACGGGACGGAGCUGUUUCUGGUGGUUACCGGUGGACAGAACUCUCCCGGCGGGGUGUACAUCCUGCGGCCGGAGAGCCUCAUGAAGUACCCGGGCGAGAGUGCCUUCGAGCCGAUCGUUCGAAUGGACUCGUCCGGCUUUAUGGUACCGGCGGUGCUGACCGACCUGAACGGUGAUUCCGUCGAGGACAUUAUCGUGAGCUCGUUCAACUCGACGGUGUACGCGUACGACGGUGCCAACCGGACGCAACUGUGGUCGUACACGCUGGCCGACUCGGAGAGCGUCAGUUCGAUCGUGCCCGGCCACUUUGACCACGACAACGUCACGGACUUUAUGGUGAAGUACAACACGGGGCCGGGUUUCCCUAUCUACUACUACUCGCAAACGAUGAUCAUCAACGGCACGAACGGGAAGCCAUUCCUGGACAGCUCCAUCAAGGACGCGGGAGGGCCAAAUGGGUUGCUCGGUGGCAUCACGAUUUCCCAGACCGGUGGUGGUGAUUUCUUCCUUCACUGGCAAAUGCAGUGCCGGAAUCGAACGGCGGACACCACCGACGAGUACCAGUUUAUUCCAGAAAGUGACGUUAUUCAACAGUCACGUGCGGACACGUGCGCCCUUCGCUACAAUCAAUCGUCGGUGCUGAAGCUGUACGCCAUCACGCGCCACGUGGAACCACCCGGGGCAGUCAUUUUCUCCUCCGACGAUCUCACCAUUCGGUUGAACGAAACGGCGAGUAGUUCGGAUCAAUCACCGCCAGGUUACGUGGCGCCGAUGAAGCAUCCCAAGAUGAAGCUGAAGGGUCGCAACGAUGGUCAGAGCAGUGCCGCCAGGCAGAAGAGUGCCUCAGUGGAAGCACCCGCCAUCGGUCAACCGGCCGUACAGGCUGAUGUGCAUAUGGACAAGAAGCUAGCACCGGGUGUUCAACAGACCGCACCACAAAUACCCGUCGGUGUGGUAGUAGACAGCCCUGGGCAGGCGGCGGCCAUCGCGGCACAUAGUGGAGGAAGAAGAAAAUCAAACUCUCGCGGAGAACAGCAGCAACAGCAGCAAAUGGCCGUAGCACAUUCCAUCGAUGCGCUCGCCGAGGAGGAGGCCAAACGUCAGGAAAAGCUGGCCCUCAAUAAUGUCUACAAAAAGUACAUUUACAACGCGAAUGACGAAGACGAAGGAGGAGAUCUAGUCGGAUCGCCUCGUGUCGCUGAUGGCGUGAGGGAUGCCGAGGGAAAGCCGUACAUCUAUCUUCCCUACGAUCAGGUUGAGGCGGAUUCGCGAAAUCCUUUCCUUACGAAUCAAAUCCCUCCGGCACCAGGAGGGCCGAUGGACUAUGACUAUGGGGCACCACCGUUAGAGGACGAUGGAAGGCCAAUCCCUUCGCCCUACAAUCGGCCACGGUACCGCUCCAACGGACGAGACGUUCGAAGCAAGUUUGGUGUUUUUGACGAUGUCGACUUUCAUGACCGCUCGCUCGAGGAGCAGGUCUUCAACGAGUCUAAUCCCAACUCGCAGAUCGUGAAGAAGGUCCUGCUGAACGAUGAAAUUAUCGACGAUCUCAAGAACGCCGAUCCUGGCAGCAAGGGCUCAAAGGAGACCCUCUGGGAUCUGGAGAUGGAAAAAGAGGCCAAGGAAGCGAUGAACGAUGUAAAUGCGAUGAACUAUGAGUUCAACAAGGUCAAACGACAAACCACGGGGGGAGGAGCGAGUGAGGUAUCGACAACCGCAAGCAAUAGCAAAAGCACGAUCGGAACCACGAUGGGCACGAUCGUUCAAUCGCCCAGUUAUGCGCCUCCAGCUCCGCCGAAUGAAAACAUCCUCCCAUCGAUCGCGUCGACGGGUGUGCUGCUAAAGUCGAUCGGUGGAAUCGGAACCGGUGCACCAGUCCCACCCAACCCAACCCUCGACUACGUGUUCGUGAUGAACAUACGUGAGUCGGAGUCGUAUCCACCGCUGUUUCUCGAUUCCGAUCUCAGCUGCAUCCAGGAGAAGCUGCAGGCAUAUCGGACGUACCGCAGCGAGGACAUGCUGCAGCUGGAGAAAAAGUUCCUGGCGCAAUGCCUCAAGGCCCGUCUACCGAAUUUGCAGCCCGCGUACCAGCGGUUCGAGACGCAGAUCGUCAUAACGCGGCUCGAGAUUGGCUGUUCGUGUAGCGCCGAGUUGGAUCCGGCACGCGAAGUUUGCUCCAAGCUGCACAGCUACGAGCAGCAACGGUGGACGCAGUACAUGGGUAACGAGGGCAACGGGCGGUAUUGAACCGGCGCCGGAGAGAGAGAAGUGCUGGUCAACUGAGACAGAUCACUCCCAAGGAGCGGGGAGUACAACAAUUUUUGUUAGCCCACGGGUUCGAUUCUACGAAUUUGGGGUAACUUUAAGGACACACGUUUCUGUGUCCCUCCGGUAUUUGUUAAAUGAGAUUUUAUCUGGCUCUAUCUCUUUCUCACAAGGAGGAUAAUCCUCAAUCUAAAUGAGAAUCGAAAAUUGCCCGCUUCGAUUGUGGCUCAAGCAAACGCAAGAUACCUUUUAACUGCUACCUUUUCUCAUACUUUCCACACUUGGUAAAGGCAUUCGGCCGGGGAGGAGCUGAUUGAUUGCUGCACGGAUGGGGUGUGCAUUUCUUACCUUCGAUUAACACUACACAAGGCGGCAGGACAAAUCCAACAGGACCUUCAUCUCAUCCGCCCUCUGGCGGUGUUGGUUGGGUCAGGUUCAGAUUGGACAAACAGAGUCGAAGGAUAAUUCCGGAGAUACACAACUAUCUAUAAAUAUAUAUAUACAUACAAAUAUAUCAUUUAUAAUCGAUCAUGAGUAUUAUCGCGCACAUCGCGAGGAGGAAAGCUAGGAAAUUGGUCAAAGAGAUAUGUGUGCGCGUGUGUUUGUGUGCAUGAACUACAACGGUGCGAGGCUUUGCAAGAUGAGUUAAAAUAUUUACAAGAGUGCAGUGGCAAUGAAACAAAAACAAAGUCUAAUGAUCGACCCAAUGUGCGGUAAGGGAAACCUGUAAAGGAGUAAAUUGUGUAAA